GGGAGGGCGCACAAAGGAGUAAACAAAGCGUUUUGCUUUGGCGUGAAAACGAAGGCAUAAAGGACGAGAUUGGGUUUUAGCUCUUCAAGGGUCUCUUCAAUGGCGCCCACUGAAUGUCUGAAAUCUCUUCCUUCGACCUGGUUUUAAGAUUCUGGAGAUCUUCUGACUGCUGUUACUCUCUUCGGAAACUCUGUUUCGUUUUAAAUCUGAGCUGAGUUGACUCGGUAGAGAGUGCGAAAAGGGGGACGUUGUCUGCGUUUUUCUUUCUUUUUUCGUUUUUUUUUUCGACUGUGUUUUUGUAAGGGGUUAUGAUUCGAAGAAAAGUGAUGAGUUGGAGGAGAGUCGCAAAAUCUGUUCAGGCUCUCGCGGCCCAUGGAUUACUCUUUAUUUUCACGAUACUGCUCGUGCUCAAGCUCGAUCAUGUCGUCCAUUGCUCAUGGUGGUUCAUUUUUGCCCCACUUUGGCUAUUUCAUGCAGUUGUUGCACGAGGCAGAUUCUCUUUACCUGCUCCCUCGUUACCUCAUGAUCGCCAUUGGGCACCCUGUCAUUCCAUUGUUGCGACACCGUUGCUCGUUGCAUUUGAGCUGCUCCUUUGUUUAUAUCUCGAGAGCAUCUAUGUUCAUGGUUUUGCAGCUGUAAACUUAAAGAUUGUCUUUCUUCCAUUGUUGGCAUUUGAAGUAAUCAUUCUUAUUGACAAUUUCAGGAUGUGUAGGGCUUUAAUGCCUGGAGAUGAAGAAAGCAUGAGUGAUGAAGCGAUAUGGGAAACACUUCCUCACUUCUGGGUUGCAAUAUCAAUGGUUUUCUUUGUUGCUGCUACAACAUUCACCCUCCUAAAGCUAUCUGGUGAUGUUGGAGCACUUGGUUGGUGGGAUUUAUUUAUAAAUUUUGGCAUUGCUGAGUGUUUUUCCUUUCUUGUUUGCACAAAGUGGUCCAACCCAGUGAUACAUAGACAUUCUUUCAAUAGAGAAGCCAGUUCAUCUUCUAUGGCUAUUAGAUAUCUUGACUGGAACAAUGGCUUAGUGGUUUCUUCAGAAGAGGAUCCAGACCAAGAUAGAUUAUGUGGCCUACAAGAUAUUGGUGGCCAUAUUAUGAAAAUUCCACUUAUCAGUUUUCAGAUUCUUCUUUGUAUGCGGUUAGAGGGAACACCGCCUGGUGCUAGACAUAUCCCACUUCCAGCUCUUUUCUCCCCUCUCUUCCUACUGCAAGGCACUGGAGUCUUGUUUGCCUUAUUUAGAUUGGUUGAGAAGAUUGUCCUUUUAAUUCGUAAUGGAACUAGCUCAGAGAGAUAUUUCACAUUUUCUUCAAGGGCUCGUGACUGCUUUGGGUUCUUGCAUCAUGGAUCACGGCUGCUUGGUUGGUGGUCAAUUGAUGAAGGAAGUCGAGAGGAACAAGCUCGACUUUACCAAGCUGGGGCUUCUGGAUAUAACACCUUCUGUGGUUACCCUCCUGAGAUAGUGAAGAAAAUGCCCAAAAAGGAUCUUGCUGAAGAGGUGUGGAGACUACAGGCGGCUCUUGGUGAACAAACAGAAAUUACAAAAUAUAGCCAGCAGGAGUAUGAAAGACUUCAAAAUGAAAAGGUCUUAUGUAGGAUUUGCUUUGAAGGGGAGAUCAGCAUAGUCCUGCUUCCAUGCAGGCAUCGCAUCCUUUGCAGUACCUGCUCUGAGAAGUGCAAAAAGUGCCCCGUGUGUCGUGUUUCUAUUGAGGAACGAUUGCCUGUAUAUGAUGUAUAGCUUUUAACUGUACUUAAUCCCUUCCCGCAUGGAGGCCGAGGCUGGGGAACUGAUACAUAGUUUACAACAAGAUUGCCUUUUACCGAGUCCUGACCAGUAAGCUGUUGUCUGUUUCAUUAACUGAGAUAAACAUUAGGAGAGAUGGAAGGUGGUUGCUCUCAACGUGUCUUUAGGUUGUUUUCUUUUCCUGAUUGUAUAUACACACACUAUCACACACAUUUGUCUGGAAAAAGUGUCAUCAAAGGUGCAAGGAGGCGUGUUGUAAUUGUGAGUCUUCAACGUGUAUUUGUUACUUUACUAGACAGAAGCUCUGAAAUGCAAUCUCUUCAUUUGUCA